AACAACCAUGGUUCACUGGACAGCUGAAGAGAAGGCCGCCAUUACCUCUGUGUGGCAGAAAGUCAACCUGGAGCAAGAUGGCCAUGAGGCACUCACAAGGCUGCUGGUUGUGUACCCCUGGACCCAGAGAUACUUCAGCAGCUUUGGAAACCUCUCUAAUGUCACUGCUGUGUCUGGAAAUGCCAAGGUUCGUGCACAUGGCAAUAAGGUCCUUUCAGCGGUUGGCAAUGCCAUCGCCCAUCUUGACAAUGUGAAGGGCACUCUCCAUGACCUCAGUGAGACCCAUGCCUUCAAGCUUCAUGUGGAUCCUGAGAACUUCAAGCGUCUUGGUGAAGUGCUGGUCAUUGUCUUGGCUUCAAAACUGGGAACAGCUUUUACUCCUCAAAUCCAGGGAGCCUGGGAGAAAUUUGUUGCAGUUCUGGUUGAUGCACUCAGCCAAGGAUACAACUAAAAUGGUGUACCAGUGCUGUACUGAGGUUAUGGAUACUUUUAUGUACAUGUUGCACAAAUUUAAAUAAAAUGAGCUUGUAUAA